AUGGUGGUGGUGGCGACGGUUGUGGUUGUGGUGGCCGCAACAAUAAUGGUAGUGGUGGUGGCGAUAGUGGUGGUGUUGAUGGCGACAGUGAUGGUGGCUACGACGGUGAUAUUGGUGGCAGGGAAGGUGGUGUCGGUAGCGGUAGCAGCGGUGGGUGAUGGUAUUGGUGGUGAAGGUAACGAUAAUGGUGGUGGUGGCGGUGGAGGUGGUAGUGGUGGUGGCAAUGGUAAUUGGUUGUUGGUGGUGAGUGAUGAUAGUGGUGGAGGUGAUGGCGGAAGUGAAGGUGGUGCCGAUGGUGGUAUUCAUGGCGGUGGAUGUGUCGUCGGUGGUUGUAAUGGUGGUGACAGCAGCAGUAGUUGUGGUGGUAGUGGCAGUGGAUGUGGAGAUGGUAGCGGCGGAGGUGAUAGUAGUGGGGUGAUUGUAAUGGUAGCAUUGGCGGUGACAAUUGGUGGUCGGUAUCACUAG